AUCCCAUCCAUUUUAUCCCCUUCCAAUUCAAUUCAUUUUUUGCAUUUUAAUCGAACAUGAGGAUGAAGAAAGCAUCAAGAACAUCGUGGUUAACAAGCUGUUUUUACAAGAAUCAAGAGCCUACGUCUUUCAAGAUCACGGAAUCACGAGCAGCGAAGAAGAAGAAGGAGGUCGACGACGUGGUCGUUGCGUCCCGGAAUUCGGUUCCAAGCCGGGUAACGUAUUCGGAAUUGAGCAACAGCUCGGCGUUGCCUGAGGAUUUAUCGAACUCGUUAGCUGGAUCGAACCUCUAUAACUUCACUGUACUUGAGCUUAAGAUCAUCACACAGUCGUUUUCUUCGUGCAAUAUAUUGGGUGAAGGUGGAUUUGGACCAGUUUAUAAAGGCUUCAUUGAUGAUAAACUUAGACCUGGUUUGAAACCUCAGCCUGUUGCUGUUAAAUCGCUUAACCAAGAAGGCGGACAAGGUCAUCGGGAAUGGCUGACAGAAGUGAUAUAUCUUGGGCAAAUGAGACACCCACAUUUGGUGAAGUUGAUUGGAUACUGCUUUGAAGAUGAACACAGGCUUCUGGUCUAUGAGUAUAUGCCACGUGGCAGCUUAGAGAACCAACUCUUUCGAAGAUUUUCGGUUUCUCUUCCAUGGUCGACACGAAUGAACAUUGCUCUAGGAGCUGCGAAAGGGCUUGCGUUUCUUCACGAAGCGAGGAAUCCUGUUAUAUAUCGUGAUUUCAAAGCAUCCAACAUUUUGUUAGACUCAGACUACACGGCUAAACUUUCGGACUUUGGACUUGCUAAAGAUGGUCCCGAAGGAGACGACACUCAUGUUUCUACUCGAGUGAUGGGCACACAUGGCUACGCGGCUCCUGAAUACCUCAUGACAGGUCACUUGACAGCUGCAAGCGAUGUGUACAGUUUUGGAGUUGUUCUGGUUGAGCUUCUAACGGGUCGAAAAUCGAUGGACAAGAGCCUACCGAGCCGAGAACAGAACCUAGCCGAUUGGGCUAGACCUCAACUCAAAGGUGCUAGGAAACUCAACCGAAUAAUGGACCCAAGACUCGAAGGUCAAUACUCGGAAACCGGGGCUCAAGAGGCAGCAGAACUGGCUUACCAAUGCCUUAGCCAUAGACCAAAGGCAAGACCAACCAUGACCAUGGUGGUUGAAACAAUCGAGCUACUAAAGAAAUUUAACGAGUUGCCAGUUGAAACUUUUGUUUACAUUGCCCCAACUGAAAUCAAGAUCGAUAGUCCAGAGAAGGAGGAGGAGAAAAAAGAUAGUAAAAGAGACAUGGAUGGACACCACCACCACCGACAACAUAAUGGAAGACACCGCCGGACUAAAUCUCCCAUGGUCCAUUCUGAGAUAGAUUUAUAUAGAAACCUCAGCGCCGGGAUGGAUUACCGCCGUAACAAAGAUUUAAAGGACGAUAUAUAGAUACAUACAUAUAUAUAUAUAUAGAGAGAGAGAGAGAGAGAGAGAGUCGGGCAACGCAUUAAAGCUGUAAAUGUAGAGAUUGUAAACGCAAAAUUAUAGUUUGAGUUGAUUACAUUUUUUGGUUUUGUUGGAAACUUUAGAUUUUCGUUCAUAUAAUUUAAAGUUUAUAAAUUCUUUCAU